AUGAUAGUUCCUAGUAGUGAAAGAUUUGGAAUAGUGAUCGACUCUGGGUCUUCUGGAUCAAGAAUUCAAAUUUACAAAUGGGAAGAUCAAAAACACGUCAAAGAGAGUGGAUCUCAAGAUGGUGUGGUAUUGAAUUCACCGCCUAAAAUUACACAGGAAGACGGCUGGACUCAUAAGAUAAGUCCUGGUAUUUCCACAUAUAACAACAAAGAUCGGAAAGUGAAGGAUCUUUGGUCGAAACAUUUCCUGGAAUUGAUGAAAUUUGCUGAAAACAUUGUCCCUAAAGAUAAGCAAGCCGAGACUCCAGUAUUCGUCUUGGCCACUGCUGGUAUGAGACUUUUACCAGAAGACAAGCAAAAGUUGAUUUUGCAUGAAACUUGUAGCAUAUUACGUCAAAAUACCGACUUCUACUUACCCAACUGUCAUAACUUUGUUCAGAUCAUUGAUGGAGAAACUGAAGGUUUAUAUGGCUGGAUAGGUUUAAAUUACUUGAUGGGCCAAUUCAAUAAUAUAGGUAAAACCCUGAAGGAUACAAUAUCAGAUUCCAUUGGUUUUAUGGAUAUGGGUGGUGCUCUGACUCAAAUCGCUUUCGUACCGUCUUCGAACGAGGAGAUUGCCAAGCAUCAAGACGAUUUAUCUAAGGUUACUCUUCGUAAUAUUAAUGGAGAAACUCAAACUUGGAAUGUCUUUGUGGAAACUUGGUUAGGAUUUGGAGCUAACGAGGCAAGGAGAAGGUACCUCAAUCAACUUAUAUAUAUGUAUGCAUCGACUCCCAAUUCAAAUGGAGACCCUACGGUGAACGACCCUUGUUUACCAAAGGGUACUGAUUUGAGUUACACUUUUAAUGAGAAAGACUAUAUUAUUCAUGGAAUGGGUGAUUAUAAGCUGUGUGUUAAGAGUAUAUACCCGUUAUUGAUGAAAGAUAUGCCAUGUAAGGACACCCCAUGCUUAUUCAAUGGAAUCCAUGGACCCAAAUUGAACUUCAAUAAGGAUAAGUUCAUCGGGAUUUCAGAAUAUUGGUACACGGCCAACGAUAUUUUCCAAAGUGGUGGAGAGUAUAAUUUUAAUGCAUUUAACGAAAAGGUCAAAGAAUUCUGUGAAAGCGAUUGGUCUACAAUUUUAGAGAAUGCUGAACAGGGGAAGUAUUCUAAUUUAGAUCCUGAAAAAUUUCUCAAAUCAGCAUGUUUCAAGGCAAGUUGGGUGAUGAAUAUAUUACAUGAAGGCUUCGAGUUACCGAGAUUAGAGUUGGAUAACGUUCCGGAGCCAAGCAAAGAAGACGAAGAGUUAAAAAAUGAGCUCCCCACUAAGCACAUCCCAUUCAAGUCAGCUAAUUCUGUUAACGGGGAUGAACUUUCUUGGACCUUGGGAAAGAUCUUAUUAUUUGCACUGAGUCAGAUACCACCUACUGACGAUAAGGACCAGUAUAUCGGAAUCUAUCCAAGUGAAAUUUCUGGAAAAGAGUUUGUACCUGGAGGAGGUUCUACUAGAUUACAACUAGCCGAAUCUGACUCUGACUCUGACGAACCUGGAUACCUGGGCAAAGCGGAAAAGGGUCUUUUGGUGUAUUUGCCAUUUUUCCUUCUUCUUUUCAUAUUCUUAGCAUGGUUUGUUCGUAAGAUCAACUCCAAGAAAAUGUACAGUGGGAGUAAAUUCAAGAGGCUUGCAAAUCUUAUUCCUUCUAAGAUAAGAGAAUCUGCAAUAAGCAAGAUCCCAGGAAUGAAUGGGUACAUGCAAAUGAGAGAUCACGAAGAAAUGAGUUAUAACUUGGAAGAGGGAAUCCAUAAUGUGGACAGCAGCUUAGCUGGAAAUCCGGACUAUGAGGAUAGCCCUCACGAUAAUAAUAGCAACAACAAUAAUAUGGGUGGUGACCAAGGGAUAAGGAACCAACUUUCCGUUUUAAGAACCAGAUCAACUGCCAAUCUUUCUAGUAAUGAAGGCUCACCAGACAUUGAAGAAUAUGACGGUGCAUCCGGUAGCAAAAAUGGAGGUAGAUACACACCCAAUUUUUUGAACAAGCCAUUUACAAUUCCAAAAAGAACUCCAGGUAAUGGGCUAUUUUUAUUCCAAGAUCACGGUAGUCGAGAAUCGCUUCAGAGAACGACAAGUAGUAGCUCUAUACGGAAAGCAAAGGGCAUAGAAUAA